AUGGAGUACCAGGUUGGAUUAGAAAAGGAAGUUGGUGCAGACACGCAACUAACUUACAUGACAACAGGCGUUCUCCUUCAAAAAAUUGUUAAUGCAAAAUGCCUGACUGAAUUUACACACAUCUUCAUCGACGAAGUCCAUGAACGCACUGAAGAAAUGGAUUUUCUCUUGCUGGUUGUCCGUAAGCUGCUUCGUACUAAUUCACGGUAUGUUAAGGUGAUUCUAAUGUCCGCUACAAUUAAUUGCAUGGAGUUCGCAGACUACUUUGCAGUACCAUUCCGAACGACCCUGACCCCUGCCUAUGUAUUUGAGGUAGAAGGAGUCCCAUACAGUGUUGAUGAAUAUUAUCUUGAUGAUCUCAAAGAGCUGAUCCAUUUCCAGAUUUCGCCUUCAUUUUGUAAUGAACCAAAAAUCCUGCCUGAAGUCUAUAACAUAGCAGAAACUCUGAUCCUCUACUUUGAUGAGCUAGAAAAUAAAGAAAAUAGAUCAACAGGAAUGAGUUUGAACCGUGGCAGUGUAUUGGUGUUUUUGCCAGGCCUGGCAGAAAUAAAUCACUUGCAUGAGGUCCUCUCCUCCAUGGUUCAGAAGAGGCUGCAUGUAUAUCCACUACAUUCAAGUGUGACCUUAGAAGAACAAAGUAAUGUGUUCCUGACCCCUGUGCCUGGCUAUAGGAAGAUUAUUUUGUCCACAAAUAUCGCUGAGAGCUCUGUCACAGUUUCAGACGUUAAAUAUGUGAUAGAUUUCUGUUUAACUCGUCAUCUGGUUUGUGAUGAAGACACAAACUACCAGAGCCUUCGUUUGAGCUGGGCUUCAAAGAUGAGCUGUAAUCAGAGGAAAGGCCGUGCUGGUCGUGUUUCAAAAGGAUACUGUUAUCGGUUGGUAACACGUGAUUUCUGGACACAUUGCAUUCCUGAUCAUGCAGUACCAGAGAUGCAGCGCUGCCCAUUAGGCAACACUGUACUGAAAGUCAAAUUACUGGAUAUGGGAGAACCAAGAGCAUUGCUGGCUUCUGCUUUAUCUCCACCCAAUUUGAAAGACAUUGAACGCACUGUCCUAUUACUGAAAGAGGUGGGAGCACUUUCUGUUGAAAUGAAAGGAGUAGAUAACCCAUAUGACGGAGAUCUAACUUUUUUAGGAAAAGUAUUGGCAUAUUUGCCUGUAGACCUCCACCUAGGAAAACUUAUAGUCAUAGGACAUGUGUUUGGCUGUUUAGAGGAAUGCCUAAUUAUUGCUGCUGCUCUUUCGCUGAAGAACUUUUUUGCAAUGCCUUUCAAGCAGCACCUUGAAGGAUAUCGGAGUAAAAUGGAGUAUUCAGAUGGAACUUUAAGUGAUUGUAUAGCACUUGUGAAUGCUUUCAAGGCGUGGCGUUCUUGCAGAGAACAAGGGCAACUGAGAUUUCCGAGGGCUGAGUUAGAAUGGGGAAAAUCAAAUUACAUCCAGAUAAAAAGAAUAAAAGAGGUGGCACAGUUGCAUGAGGAGUUGAAAGAACGUGUCCAAUGUUUUAAUAUGUGUACUGAUCACACCAAUGGGUGUACAAAUGAAGAGUAUGUGCAUAAACAAAGAUUCAUUCUGCAGGUUGUUUUGGCUGGAGCUUUUUACCCCAAUUAUUUUACAUUUGGUCCAGUCUCUGAAGAAAUUGCAAUGAAAGAGCUGGCUAGAAAAGAUUACAAAACUACAGUAGUGGCCAAAGGUCUAACAAAGAUGCCACUGACCAAGUGCUUCAUUGUUCCUGGUGAAUCUAGAAAGGUUCCCAGCGAAUAG